GUUGCAGGUUUCUCUCUCUUUAUCUCUUUCUCUCUCUCACACACACAGAUUACACAUACAUAUACAUAUAUUUUCUUUUCAACUGAACUUGAAGAUCAAGCUUUGAAAGUUCCUCAUUUUCUGAACCCAUACCCAUCUCUUUCUUAUCUUUCACUAUCGCUCCCUUUCAUAAUUCCCUCUCUGGAAUUUUGAAACAGACACUUUAAAGCUCUUUCUCUCACUUAAAAUUGCAUCCUUUCUUCCCCACCCACCAGCAAAGCAUUAAAGUUCUCUUGAUUUCUUGAAUUCUGGUCUUCCUGCAAAAUACUUUGGUGCUUCUUCAACGUUAUUAUCUUCCCUACCAAUUCAAGAUUUUCUAUCUCCCCAAGAAAAAAAAAAGUGUACCCAUCCCAUAAUUGCUGCAUAAUUUCUGUCUUCCCAGAUCCGAUUUCUAUAAUAUCUCUGAUCUAUAUUAAUAAAUACAAACAAACCCACCCUUAUUCUCUCGGCAGAAUUCCCUCUUCCCACGUUCUCCUGUCACACACAAUUCCACGCAUAUAGAUAGAUUAGAUAGAUGUUGUAUGGAGAGGUAGAAAAUGCCGCGGCAUAAACAAACUGCAGCAGCAGAUGGGAGGGAAUGCAAGAUCCGAAAACGAGGCUGUUCUUCUUCUUCAUCUUCGUCUUUGGUUCGAAAUUAUCGAUUGAAACGCGCGAUUUUAGUGGGAAAGAGAAUUGGGUCGAGCACACCUGUACCAACCUGGAAAAUGGGUUCGAGAUCCCCUUCAUUGCCGCCGCAAUAUCCAGACUCCAGUAAGUACACUACUCCACUCAAGAGAGAAAAAGAAAUCUCCGUUUCCGCCCGUAAAUUAGCUGCCACUCUCUGGGAAAUCAACGAGAUGCCGCCAUCUAGAGGGCAUUGGGAGAGCAAGAGUGAAACUGAAAUGAGUAGAGAAAGAAGUUCAAAACCAAUUUUGCCUUCUCAGAAAUCCAAUUGGGUUCUUCCCCGCCUAUCCGAUCCUUCUCAUGAUCACGAGAGAACAGAGAAAUCAAAAGCUGGUAAUCACAUGAGAAGGGGAUCAACAGUCACGGCUAAAUUAGGUGCUCUAGACUCUUUUUACAGUUCCAGCACUAUAGAGAUUGAGACUGAAUCUCAUGCCAGAAUCCUCGGAGGCCAUCUGGUUAGCGUGAAGAAUCGUUUAAAGGAUGUUAGCAAUGGCUUAACCGCAUCCAAGGAGCUUCUAAAAGUUUUAAACCGGAUAUUAUGUCAGGAAGAACGGCACUCUUCCAGCAAAUCAGUUGUCUCUGCCCUUCGAUUUGAGCUGGACAGAGCCCGUGUUCAGGUCGAACAACUGACCCAAGAAGAGAGAUCCAACCGCCACGAAACCCAACAACUUCUAAGCCAUUUCUGCGAAGAGAAAGCAGCUUGGAAACGUAGAGAGCGAGAUAAGAUCCAUAACGCCAUUUCCCUUAUAGCUGGAGAGCUUGAGGUUGAGAAGAAGCUUAGAAGGCAAACAGAGAGACUCAACAAGAAGCUAGGGAAAGAAUUGGCUGAUACAAAGACUUGUUUGGCAAAGGCAGUAAAAGAGGUUGAGAGCGAAAAGAGAGCUAAGGAGAUACUAGAACAGGUCUGCGAUGAGUUAGCCACGGGCAUUGGAGAAGAUAGAGCCACUGUUGAAGAAUUGAAGAGAGAAUCUUCGAAAGUUCGUGAGGAAGUGGAGAAGGAGAGGGAGAUGCUUCAAUUAGCGGAUGUUUUGAGGGAGGAGAGAGUUCAGAUGAAGCUAACGGAAGCUAAGUAUGAGUUUGAGGAGAAGAACGCUGCUGUGGAUAGGCUGAGGAGUGAGUUGGAGGAUUAUUUGAGUGGCAAAAGAGAUGAAGAGAAGAAAUUAGGAUCUCCUAGCUUCACUAAGAUCAGAGAGCUUGAGGAUUAUCUGAGAAGAACCCUUGGAGGUGGAAAUUCAUGUGAAACUCAUGAAGAGAAGAAGAAGAUGACAAUGAAGAAACUGGUAACAACGGGAAAAGAAAAAAAGGAGGAAAGUGAUAGCGACGACGAUUCAUCGGCUGACAGCGAUCUUCACUCCAUAGAGCUCAGCAUGGAUAGCAACAGCAAGCGUUAUAACUGGAAUUUCUGUAGUGGAGAUGGAAGAGCUAAAAAUCAAAAGAAAACUUCAGCAGCAGAAGAAGUAGAAGACGGGUCGGAAUGGAAGAACUUCAUGGUUAGCAAAACUGAUAAGAAGGAAAUUGAAUCAGGUUCAGGUACAGGUUCAGAGGAGGAAAAUGACAGCAAAUACGAAAUGGAGAGGUAUCAGAUGGUGAAAGAUCUCAGGGACCACAUAUUGUCUGGUGGGGGAGGGGCGGCGGAGAGAAUCUCCGCCUCCAAAUGUAGACGCCUGGACCACCACCGCCCAAAUCUCACCACCAGCUAAGCUUUCUUUUUUUUGCUCUUUUCUUUCUUUUCAUGCAUGCCAUGCAUAUUCCUACUGUUAUUGUUUAUCUUUUGUCAGUAAAGUUUCUUCAUUUCUCUUUAAUCUCAGCUAUAUUAUAAUGUAUAAGAAGGGAAAAAAAGUGGAUUGAAUCAAUAUUUGUUUCUCAAUUUUUAUUAUGUUCAACAAUAAUAAUAAUGUUACAAUAUCCUUUAUUUCCGUCCAAAUGUAACGGGACUUGUUUGUGCCUCGUUGACUGCUAGUGUCAAUACGUCGGGCCUUGAAUAAUGUCCCACCACAUCGAAGUUCAUCUUCGCAUGUGCAAUUUCUUCUAAAUCUGAUAGGAAUUAGAAUUAGAA